UCACUCAUUAUUCCAUCUUCAAUGAAUGGUUCUUUUCCUAUCAAAAAUAUAUAGUUACUUCACUGGGGUUCCAACAACGUGACUUGUCUCCUCUCGCAAUAUUUAACAUGUCCACAUUCCGGGAAUGUCGAUCCCUGCGCAAAACGUUGCUUAUUAGAAUCGAUUCUCAUCACUAGAUUAAGACAGGUAAUUAACUACCACCGUGCUUAGCAACAAAUCAAGUUAGUUAGUACCUACUCCUGAUUUUCGGGUUUCGACUUUGUUGUCUGUCACAUUAUAUAAUAAUGUGUUUGACAAUUGUUACUCCUUGUUACCUGUUAUUACCCUCUUUUUUGGUGUAACAAAACAAAGUGGUUGAGUGAUGAAGCAUGACUAGUCAAAAUCUAACGUUGUUUCUUUUUGGGUACAACGAAUCUGAUCAGAUUUAAGUACAUCGAUAUUUCAACCUCAGUUAAAGUAGAUUGCAGAAAGAGGGUUAACAUAGAUGAUGGGUCAAAACAUGCUCAGCUUUCCACUUUUGUAGUGAGAUUUUCUGUUCUUGAAUCUUCUCUGGUGUCUCUCUGGAUCGGCAGAGCAAUUAACUGUUCCACCACCGAGUGUCAUGAAGAAGAGUUCUUCAUCUUCUUUCCAGAACUUGGGUUCUUUCCCAAGUCCAGGGGCACCGUAUUACAGAGAGAGAAACGUUGGGAGCCAAAAGGGGUGGAGUUCAGAGAGAGUUUCAAAGGCUUCAAGCAGCAGCGGCAUCAGUAGAAGACACACUAUGGCAGGGUUGAUAACACCUUUCGGUGGUGGAAGAACAAUGCCCUCCAAAUGGGAUGAGGCUGAGAGGUGGAUUUCUAGUCCAGCUUCGGCUUAUGCCGAGAGCAGAAGCUCGCAUGCACAACUUCAGCGCAGACCCAAGUCAAUAAGUGGCCCAAUUGUGCCUCCCGGAGUAGCUGCUUUCUAUUCAAAUUACUCACCUGUGGUUCCUCUGCGCCAAGGGUUGGUUGUCAGAAACUUGGUAGUGGGUUCUCCCUUCUCAACUGGGGUGUUGGCACCUGUUGCUGUUUCUGUUCACCAUUAUGAUCCACAUGAUGCCACUGUUUUUGGUUAUGACAUGGACAAUGGGAUGCAGUUUUCCACUUCUGUGCUCAACGACAAUGGUGUGGUGCUUUCUUCAUUGUCCACUGCACCCACCACGUGUUCUCAACUGCCUUGUGACCAGUCAUCUCCUAUCUCCCAAGAUGAGAAACAUGAUGAAACGAUGAAUGAGGAAAAUGAAGCAUCUAAUUUGUCAAGAUGUGACAAAGGUACUCAAAUGAGCCCUGUAGAGGCAGAGAAUGAUGCACAUUCAUCUCCUGUGUCUUCUGCUGCCACUUCAGCUGUGGAUCAACAAGAAUGCCAUUCUCCUAAAUUAGAGGUCAGAGAUGUGCAAGUUGACAGUCAAGCUACUAUUAUCAGAUGGUCUAAGAGGCACGCAACCAAAUUGGCCAAAAAAGACUUACUGCACAGCAAAGACUCGAGAGAGAUUAGUGCACAAGCCCAGGCUUCAUGUUGGGAAAUUGACGAGCCAAACAUAGACACUUCCAAGUUAAAGAGAGAGGGAGCCAAAAUCAUUGCAUGGGAGAAUUUGCAGAAAGCAAAGGCUGAAACUUCUAUAAGGAAACUUGAGAUGAAAUUAGAAAAGAAGAGAUCUUCAUCAAUGGAUAAGAUUCUAAACAAGUUGCGAAGAGCACAGUUGAAAGCUGAAAAUAUGAGAAGUUCAAUUCCUGAACAACAGGGCAAAGAGGUUUCCAAAUGCAGAGUAUUUUCGUUCUCCAAAUAUGCACCGAUAUGGUCUCCAAGCAGCUGCUUCGGCAGCAAUGCUCAGUGAUCGAUCCCAUGUAAAAUCCUAAGUUAUGAAGGUUUUGACCAGUUUUUAAAAGAAUAUAUUCUACAUUGGCUUGAUGAGAAUUUGAUGGAAUUCAUUGUCAUGUGUUAGAAAGCCUUACACCAUUAUUUGGACCUAGGUACCUAGGUUCCUAUGUAUUCUGUGUAAAUAAAAACCAGUGGUCGCGACCAACUUUGUUUUUUCAAUUUUUUACUGCAGGCAGAAUUAUCA